AUGGCUGGUACCGAUGGAGGAGUCCGACAGAGAGGGAAACCCCCGAAAUACAGGACCUCAUGCGACAACUGCCAAACGGCAAAGGUCAAAUGCGGUCAUGAAAAGCCAUCCUGUCGCCGAUGCUCUGUGCACAGAGUGGACUGUGUGUACAGCCUGUCGCGUCGAAUGGGUCGUCCGAGAGCGAAGAAAGUCGUCGCGGAUGAUGAGUCUGGUCGUAGGCUGCCAACUAGCACAGAGCCCAACGAGACAGAGAUCCCAAAGCCUGCCACUCCGGAAAUUGAGAUUGAAGAUGCUGAGCCUGCAACACACUUAGCUGAGUCUUCCGCUGUGGAGGCUGAGCCGAGCGAUCCUCCAGCAUCUACGCCUAGACAAAUACCCGACGCUUGGGUGCCUUUGCUAGGUGACCUAGGGCAACUUAACGAAACAGAAACCAUCAACAAGCUCAAUCAGACGCCGCAACCGGAGAAUGAAACGAUAGAGUUCUUAUCAACAGAAUCUCCGAUGGAGCUUGUUGAAAUAACUGCAUUUGAUGGAAUGCCUUCAUUUUUGGACGAUAUCUCGAGCUCCCUUCAACCCCAAGCCUCUGCAUCGGCGAUUCCUGUAGGAUUUUUUGAUCCUCAUGACAUGCUAUCGUUUGCCUUGCCAGAUAUAAACGCAAAAUCAGAUGUAAAUGAUUCGCUAUCGAUGCAAGAACCCGAGUCGUCCUUAGUACGAGAGCCAUGCAUGUGCCAGCACUCAAUCACAACAUCGGGGAACAAUUCCAUGUUGGCUUCUGACAACAAGGAUCAAGCAAAUGAGCUGCUACACUAUUCAUCAAUCUCAUUUCAAGAUGCGAGUUGUUCUCCUCGAGAAGAGGGCUCAGAAUCGCCAUCAAAUACCUCGCAGCCCAGCGACUCAUCAUUGAACCUUCAUGCCAGUCGUGAAAGCAGCUCUGAAUUGUCCUGGCGUACAACGCAAGUCACCUUGGUUCAAAUCCAAUGCGACUGCAUGGAGACCGUUUCGAAACGCAUUGCAAGUCUAAAGCUAGAGCAACAGAGCUCAAGCUUCAUGCCAAUAGAUUGUGUGUUAAUGCUAGAGAAGGAGGUGGAAGAAUCGCUUGCUCAUCUCCACAAAUGUAAAAACUGCCGACUUGACAGUAUCUUGCAUUUAUUGGCGUUGGUUAGUGUGCGCAUGAUGCUCGAUAUUCUGCAGAAGACUGCUCGCAGCGAGUUUGUGACGAGACCAAAGUCAAUGCCAGACAGCUCAAAUGACGGCAUUGCCCUUUGCAUAGGUCACUUCAAGGUUCCCUCACGAGUACGGUUUAGGUUUCUUCGGAAGGCGUUACAAGCUCGAUUUCAUAGAUUGGUGGCAUUAAUCGAAGAGCGGGAAAGACUGGUAACUGGAAAGAAGCAAGAUAGUUUCUCAAAGUCGGCAUCUUCGCUACUGGGCGAUAUAUCACGGGGCUUGCGAACUAUCAUGGGAUGGAUUGAGCUGUGGAAUGCGAGACAGGCUUAG